AUAUACACAUAUACAUAAUUGUUAACUUCUAUAAGUAACAAAUUAAUUAAUUGAGUUCCCUUAUAUAAUUUUAUUGCAAAGUUUGAUCAUCAAUCAUCAAUCAUGAGUAGCUUUAGUGAAGAACAAGAAGCUUUGGUAGUCAAAUCAUGGGGGUCUAUGAAGAAGGAUGCUGGUGAAUGGGGUCUCAAAUUCUUUCUCAAGAUAUUUGAAAUAGCACCAUCAGCAAAAAAGAUGUUCUCAUUCCUCAAAGAUACAAAUGUGCCAUUGGAUCAAAAUCCUAAGCUCAAGAUUCAUGCUAAAUCUGUCCUUUUUAUGACUUGUGAAGCGGCAGUUCAACUUAGAAAAGCUGGAAAGGUUGUGGUGAGGGAUUCUACUCUCAAAAAAAUAGGUGCUACACACUUUAAGUAUGGUGUGGUUGAUGAGCACUUUGAGGUAACAAAAUAUGCCUUGUUGGAGACAAUAAAAGAAGCAAGUCAAGAAAUGUGGAGUGUUGAGAUGAAGAAUGCAUGGGGAGAGGCCUAUGAUCAAUUGGUUAGUGCUAUCAAGACUGAGAUGAAGUAGCUAACCUUCAAAAUCCAAUAACAUUAGUCUCGUAAAUGGGGUCUGAAAUCAAAAAAUUGAUAUACUCAUAUUAUAUUUUUUAUUUUUAUGAGAUAAAAUGAUUGUUUUCGAUUGAUCAUCAGUUCAAAAUACUUGUAUUUCGUUCAAAGUUUUAUAAUCUAAUUUGUGUGCUAUGUCUUUUGUAUGCAUUAUCUAAGGAAUUAAUUUGGUGUAUGAA